GAGCGCCAGAGAGAAAAGGAGAAAGAGAGCGCCAGAGAGAAAAGGAGUGAAAGGGAUCAGCCCACACUGACAACUCAGCCCUGUCUGCGCGCCGCUCCCCUCUUGACCGGGAUAUUAUUUAGCCACCGAUCAGGCUGGACUCAUGCAACACGGUGGUCUGUCUGCCUGUCCUGUACACUCUCUCUCUGCCUCCAGGGCAAUUGACCGAACCCAGCGUUUCCCAUGACUCACGGCAACUGCCUGAAAAUCAGUUCAUACUGGAAAUUUCCCUCACCGCACUCUUUACCUUGGUAAUCAUUGAGAAGCCAGAUACUUUUGGAGGAAGUAAAUGUGGUUCAUGGCACAUAGUGACUUAGAUCAGAGAGAUACAGAAGAGAGACAGAGAGAGAGAGAGAGAGAGAGAGAGAGAGGGAGAGAGAGAGUGAAAGGAGAGAGAGAUAGAGAGUGAACGCUUCACAGGAAGAAUGCAAGGCUGGGAGGCACCACACAGUGGACUGACUUCAGCCUGGAGAGGAAUGUGCCGCACUUGGGAGCGGGAGGACUGGAGUACCGGGAUGAGAUAGUUCCAGUGCGAUCUCCGGGGGCAUCGGCAGAUCCUUAUCUUUCCCUUCCCUCCCUCCCAUCACGGACACACUAUGUGGAUGCUUGUUCUGUUCCUAAGGAUUCUCAGUAUUACCUGUGUCUGUGGAUAUGAAUAUGGGGAUUACUAUCCAGGCAAGGAGGAAACAGAGGUUACUACAGUUGAGGACUUAACACUUGGGGUAUCCAGCUUGGAUGAGUUGUUAGAAGUACUGUAUCCAGCAUACAGGUUGAGGCAGCGCUGCUUGCAGAGGAGAUCGGAGCGCACAGCAUCUCCCCAGUACGCUGAUGAAGACAUGUGGAGGACGCCACGGCAACUGGCUCUGUUCAAGGAUGAUGGCACUUUUGAUGUCAUUUUGGAGGAGAUCCAGCGAACAAUAUGCCGUCCACGAGAGGUGUGUCUGGAAGUGUCUAAGGAAUUUCCGGACAGCACCAGUCGAUUUUACCUUCCCCGGUGUGUGGGCGUCCAUCGAUGUGGAGGGUGCUGUCCCAGUGAGGCCUUCCACUGUACCAACACCAGUUAUACACUGGUAAACAAAACACUCCUGGAGUUGUCUCCUCCACGGAUGGAGCGGACCGUGGUCAUGGUGUCCGUAGUCAACCACACCUCCUGUGAAUGUCUGGCAAAGAGGCCGAGACACUCAAUCAUCAGGAGGUCUCUUGAUGAGCAGCCAACACUGUGUCCCCAGCCGGAGGAGGCCUGCAGUGCUGGCUUCGUGUGGGACGAGCUGGGCUGCAAGUGUGUUCCAGCGGAUCUACUGUCCUUGUCAGAACAAGAGCUGGAGCCCGGGGACUCCGCCCUGCUGGAGUUGUGCGGGCCAAAUAAACUGCUGGACGAGGAGAGCUGCGACUGCGUGUGCCAGAACGGGCUGACCGUGGCCAGCUGCGGCCCUGGGUGGCGGCUGGACGAGGACGCUUGCGAGUGCGUGUGCGAGGUCCCGGCAGGCCCCGAGACGCCCCCCUGCCCACCCAACAGGCGCUGGGACCCUGAGCAGUGUGGCUGCGUGUGCCAGAACGGGCUGACCGCUGCCAGCUGCGGUCCUGGGUGGCGGCUGGACGAGGACACUUGUGAGUGCGAGGUCCCGCCAGGCACCGAGGCACCCUCCUGCCCACCCAACAGGCGCUGGGACCCUGAGUGUGGCAGCUUGUGCCAGGUCCAGUGUCCUGCUAGCCAGCCGCUGGACCCGGAGACUUGCCUCUGCCAGUGCAAGAAGAGCGAGCAGACCUGCAUGCUACUGGGCAAAAAGUUCAAAGCUGACAACUGCAGCUGUUAUCGGCUGCCAUGCAAAGAUCCUCACAGGAAGUGCCCGAGUGGCUCCUACUACAGUCAUUUAGUCUGCCAGUGCAUUCCCAACUUUCUGAGGUCAAAUGAAAGGGAACUGACAUAGUACAAUGUUCAGCUGUUGUGAGCCCUACACCAUGAAUGGAGAGGAUUACACACUUUUUGGAGACUGGUCCAGAGAAAUUCUUCACCGUCCCAACAGACUCAAGCCAGUGACCGCCAUUACGGGAUGUGCAAGAAUCCUACCGAGGGAGUUUGCAUGGACAAAGGAGCACUGAACUGGACUGAACUGAGAUAUACUGAACUGUUACAUAAACAGCCAUGGAGCAAACUUUCCCAAGCUGCUCGUUCUGAAUAUAUUUAUCAACUGGUACCCUUUGUUGAACUUGAAGGAACUGAAUUUAUGAAUGCUGCUGUUUCCUAUGUAAAGAAAGACAUUAACCAAACUUGUUGCAUUAGCAAAACAUUAUUUAUUUAUGGGGAGUCAUUUCAGGUGGUUUCAUAACCAACAGUCGUGCAUCUAGUUUGUAAUCUGUGGCCAGUGGGUAAGAGAGCUGAAGCAUAUUAUGUCUAUAAAUUAUAAGAUGUUAAUAAAUGUUGAGUGAGCUGGUGACAUAACAGAUAAAUCAUAACCACUACAGUAAACACUUGUGCGUAAUGAGGACUUUCGUUUUUUUUUUUUUAAAUGAACAUUUAUCACGUGUAUUUAAUUUAAUUAAGGCGGAGAACCAAACAAUCAGUGUGGGCUGUAACAGGAUAUGAUUCACAUUAACAUCAUGAGUGUAUAAGACAGACAGCGUAUUAUUAUUUUAGCAUCAGCUGUUUUCUCGCUGUGGGCAGAGCCAGCCCAGCCUUCUGGAUGGCAUUGUGUUGAUGUCAUUAGAGAGCAACCGCCCAGGCAGAGUGUUUGAAGAGGAGAAAGCCAUGGGAAAAUUCAAUAACAUCGCGCCAUAAUGCGCAAAAUGUGCUCUGGUUGGGCCUGGGUGUAACUCCAAAUGUGUCUCUGAUUGAUGUUGUUGCUGUGGAGAUGGGCUCAUCUGUGGAGCGUAGGCCGUCAUGAUUGAGUUCGUUUGGCCUCUGCUCCUCUAGCUCUUUCUCUCAAAGGGUGUAUCUGAUUAUGGGAAAAGGUAGAGAGCAGGCGAACAGCAGGUCGGCAUGUGUAUGGGAAAGCAGACUUGCAGAGCUGCUGCUGUGCCAUAAGGCGCGUACUGUGUUCUCAGAGCAGUGUUGAAUCGCAAAGGCACUGGGGGAAACACCCUCCCUCUGUGAGAAACGCGUCUUCAAAUUGUGUCUCAGAUUCCUCAUUCGGAACAUAUGUGUUCUAGAUAAUAAACAAAAUUUAUUGAGGUCAAUUGAAGGGAGAGGUGAAACCUUUGCUUGCUUGGUUUUGUCUGUGACCACUAUCAAAAGGUUGGUGUACGGUAUAGCUUUCCACUGUACUCAAUGAAUCAACACGAUUGUGUAUUCUUUAGUCUUUAUUUUACAUGUAAUAAUAUCUCAAAAUAAAAAAUGACUGAUUUUUAUGUGUAA